GCGUCUACUGCAUGCAGUUCCUAAUCACGCAGCACUGGCGAGGUCAGAAGGUUGCGGUGCGCAAGCGGCUGCGAAGAUCUGGAGGCCGCAGCGGAUCGCGGGAAUUUGGCGCCUACUUUUUGUAGGUUGAGUGUUCUCGCCUGUGAUUGGGCCCCGGCUGCGGCUGCUCGGUCGACCUUGGCAAGACCCGAGCGGCUCAGCACUCGACCGGCCUCCCGGGGAAUGGGCCACCAGGAGCCCCCGCUGGCCCGAGUGCCUGCGGGAGGUGCGGCUUAUAUAAAGAAGUUAUGUAAAGGGAUCAGCUGGCGCGAACACGUGGAGAGCCGCGGGAGCCUGGACGCUCGGUUCUCCCCCACGCGCGGCGCUGCUCCUACCCGUGCAGCAGCAGACUCUAGCGCGCACCCGUUGCUGGCCACUGCUCGCGCCACUCGGUACCGAAGGCUGCCCUGGCCGGGAGUGGACCAUCCCCAGCCGGAGGCUCCAGGGGGGAAACGGGCCGCCCGGAAGUGGAGAGGCGCCGGCCAGGUCACAAUCCAAGCUCCCGCUCCUCCUCGUCCCGGGGCCGGACGGAGGGAUGAGGCAGGGGGGGCCCGGGCAGCGCCGUUGCUGCUCCCCCCGCCGCCCGCAGCCAUGGAAACGGGGAAAGAGGACGGCGCCCGCAGAGGUACACAAAGCCCGGAGCGGAAAAGGCGAAGCCCAGUGCCGCGGGCGCCCAGCGCGAAGCUGAGGCCGGCGGCAGCGGCCCAGGCCAUGGAUCCGGUGGCGGCCGAGGCCCCGGGCGAGGCCUACUUGGCGCGGCGGCGGCCGGAGGGCGGCAGUGGGUCCGCGCGGCCACGCUACAGCCUGUUGGCAGAGAUCGGGCGCGGCAGCUACGGCGUGGUUUAUGAGGCAGUGGCCGGGCGCAGCGGGGCCAGGGUGGCGGUCAAGAAGAUCCGCUGCGACGCCCCGGAAAAUGUGGAGCUGGCGCUGGCCGAAUUCUGGGCCCUGACCAGCCUCAAGCGGCGCCACCAGAACGUGGUGCAGUUUGAGGAGUGCGUCCUGCAGCGCAACGGGCUAGCUCAGCGUAUGAGCCACGGUAACAAGAGCUCGCAGCUUUACCUGCGCCUGGUGGAGACCUCGCUUAAAGGAGAAAGGAUCCUGGGUUAUGCUGAGGAGCCCUGUUAUCUCUGGUUUGUCAUGGAGUUCUGUGAAGGUGGAGACCUGAAUCAGUACGUCCUGUCCCGGAGGCCGGACCCAGCCACCAACAAAAGCUUCAUGCUACAGCUCACGAGUGCCAUUGCCUUCCUGCACAAAAACCACAUCGUGCACAGGGACCUAAAGCCAGACAACAUCCUUAUCACUGAGCGGUCUGGCACCCCCAUCCUCAAGGUGGCAGAUUUUGGACUAAGCAAGGUCUGUGCUGGGCUGGCCCCUCGAGGCAAAGAGGGCAAUCAAGACAACAAAAAUGUGAAUGUGAAUAAAUACUGGCUGUCCUCAGCCUGCGGCUCAGACUUCUACAUGGCCCCUGAAGUCUGGGAGGGACACUACACAGCCAAGGCUGACAUCUUUGCCCUGGGCAUUAUCAUCUGGGCAAUGAUAGAAAGAAUCACUUUCAUUGACUCUGAGACCAAGAAGGAGCUCCUGGGGACCUAUAUCAAACAGGGGACUGAGAUCGUCCCUGUUGGUGAGGCGCUGCUAGAAAACCCAAAGAUGGAGUUGCACAUCCCCCAGAAACGCAGGACUUCCAUGUCUGAGGGGAUCAAGCAGCUCUUGAAAGAUAUGUUAGCUGCUAACCCACAGGACCGGCCUGAUGCCUUUGAACUUGAAACCAGAAUGGACCAGGUCACAUGUGCUGCUUAAAAUUCAGGGCAAAGCAUCUUGGGUGUUUUUAAACUAGGUUGAUCCUCGGGACCUACAGUCUCAUGUGUCGCACAGAGGACGGCAGAGGGUACAGGUGGUGGCUUGGCCUGUUGGCGAUCUCCCAACAGCUGGAUCUCUAGCAAUGUGAAGCUUUUGUUUGGGUUUUCCCCUUUAGUUUUGCUUGAUUUUUUUUUAUUUUUUGUCUUCCUCUUUUUUGUUUUUCUUUUUUAUUUCUUUUUUAAUUUAAACAAUUAAGACUUCAAAAGAGCAGAAGCUAUGCUAUGGACAGGCACCAAUUUCUUUAAAGAAAUUCAAUAUGGACAAAGCAUAUGUAUAAAUUUCAUUUUUAAUUUUUAUAAGGGGUUAGGGAGCUAUUUUGUUUUUGUCCUUUAUUUUCCUUGUCUUUUACCCAUUUCUCAGUUCUGCUUAUAACACCUCACUUCCCCAGAGAAGGCCUGCCUCUCCAUGGAGAAUUUGGGGAUUUCUCCUGGAACGGGGGCGUGAAGAUAGGAAGCCUCUGGGCCACCUCCCCACCAGAUGCAGGAACUGCUAGACUGUCUGGUGGGCUGUUCCUGGCCAGCCCUUGGGCCUUGAAAAUGAUCUUUAGUGAAGAAUCACCUGGAAGAGGAAGACCAGGGUUUGGCCAGGGGAACUCAAGAAAGAAGCUCUGAACUGUGGGUGUGUUCUCUUUAAGUUUUUGGAAGGCCCAGGCCACACCAGGACUUAACAGUGGUGGGAAUCCAUUUUCUCUACUGCCCUUUACAACCAGGAGCUCUGAGAGGGGGAGAGACAGAAGGUGACCAUCUCCCACUUCCUGGGGGUUUCAGGCCAGCCCACCCCAGCUUUUAUAGGCCUACCUUCCUGUUAGUGAUCUCCGUCCCAGAGGAAGAUCCCCAGGAAAAAAUGUUGUGCCAAACCUCUGCCUGGGACAAAGCUGGGUCUUCAGCGGGCAUCUUUCACUCCUGUGAGCUCAGCCCCCAUCACCCACUCUCUCCUGCAUCGUUGUCUUCCCAGAUAUGCCCACCAAACAUCUAGAUUGUCACAGAGACUGUCCAAGUCCCUGAGAUCCAUUUGUGACCAUUGCCAUAAGAACAGAGUGUCCUGGACUGGCUGCCGCUGUCACUUCCUCACAGGGAACGGUGUGCCCUAUGCGCCAGGUCCUAUGGUGUUACUUAACAGCGACAAUGUCAAGUGCUGUCUCUCUCAUCCCAGGGAUAGACUGUUAGGUACCCACCUUCAUUGUAAAUGUGUCUGAAAAGGGAAAGGACGGACCUGCCGAGAGUAGGGAGGUGACUGGGCAGACGUGGUCUUUAGAUGCCCGAUUGUGGGCUUGCCACCUUAGAGCUUCCCCAGCCUUGAGCCCUUGGACCCCACCACCGGUGUCCGUCAGUGUAGCCGUUCGUCCACUCUCCGACGACACUUGCUGCCUCCCUCCUCGCCGGCCUCUGAACCUGGCAUUUGCUCCCUAUACAAGGAGAGGGGAACCCUUCCUGUGCUGUCUCCCUCACCUGGACACUACUUCGACUGCUCCAAAGGCUUUUCACCCCAUGACAACCAAGCAGGAAAGGGUCUUUGGGAAGGGGGAAGGAAUUAUUUUGUGUUUAUUUUUGUUUUUUGUUUUCUCUAAACCAGCAUAGGAUCAAUAGGGGAGAUAACUGGAGGGCAUUGAAGUUAGCAUAUGACCAAGAGGGGUUUCCCCCCGCUCCCUCCCAGCAGCGGUCCUGAUCUUGCAGCCCUGAGACUUUGGGAGAAGCCAGCACAACAUCAGCCCAAACUUGGCAAAACAUUUGCUCACAUUCUUUCAGCCUGUUCUCAAAGCCCCUCAAAUACCAAGGCUUCUUCCUCUCCGCAGACGGUUGGCUGUGGUUAGCAGGACCCAGCAGGGCUGCAGGUAGUAACCAGGCCCUUCCCUUCCUUGGCUGAAAUCCUUUGUGAUCACCUGUCUUGUCUCUUCUGAUUUCUCAGGCGGCCUCCUGUGUGUACUGAGCUGCAGUUGGGCGGGUUGGGAGACAGCAUCUCCUAAUGGCAGUGCCCAUUCUUCUGCCCCACCACCCUGCCUUCCCCUGGGGAAGCUCUCUCUCUCUACAUGAGCACAUGGGGAAAACAGUCCCCACACUCAGCACCUCCAGCACUCCCUGGCUGCAGCUCAUGCUCUCAUGUCCCUCGUGAGGGCUCAAGCCUAACAACUUAUUACCAUUUGCUCAUCUUUUUCUUCUGCCUUCCCCAGGUCUCUCAGCUCUGUCUGAACAAGGUCUUGGAGCUGCAGUGCUCCCCCUUUGUUAUUUUUCCUGGCACCAGAGUAUCCCUUGUAGAUCACAGGAUGUCCAUACCUUUGGGGUGAGGUGGGCAGCAUGGAAGAGGGGAGCCAGCUUUCACGUGCCCUUAUCCUGCAGGACUCCCAGCCUGUCCUGGCUUGGUGGUGGGACCUCCUUUCCUAGCUCAUGAGGGCCAGCUCGUUAGCCCCAAGUGCCUGUCUCUCACUCUUCCCCUCCCUUCCCUGCUUUCCGCUUUGUCCACCCUAAUACUGGCUCUGCCCCGUCUGGACUAGCCUUGGGGUCAGGCCUGGACUAGCUCUUGUCAUUCUUUCUCAGCCACUUGCCACCUCCUCCCACCGUGUUCAGCUUCCUCACCUCUUUUGCCUUUUCACCCUCCACCUGGGUCUCAGGCCCGGCAGCAGCUCUGUGGUACAUCAUCUCAGCACCACCAAGUUUGUUAGGCCUGUCCACGUUCUAGAAGUUUCCAAACCUUAAAAAAGCAGUUAUUCUCUUCUCCUUGGGUCUGUGAAAAGGGUAGCCUGUUGGAGGGAGGGUCUGGGCCUCAGCCCUGUGGGUCUGAGCUUGGUUUCCCCCUCAGUGAGAGAAGAAUCAGCAAGACAGAUCAUAGUGCCUUAUUCCAUUGCCUUCCCCUGACCAGACCUCCUGGCUCCCUUGAAGUAUGGCUCUUCUUUUCUCCCUCUCUGUCUGUCACUUAAACUCUCACUCCCGUUCACAGAUAGCUCCCUGAGAAUGAUUACCCUCCCAUCACCCCCUCCCUCCAUCCCUUUCUGAGAGCUGCAGCCAGGAACGUGUCUCCCCAUCCCACCACCAGGGCACUCACUAGCAGCUUUAGCCGAGGACAGAAAAACUACUUCAGAGAGGUGCAGUCUGCCUCUUAACUACCCAGCAGGUCCCUGCCUCUUACCUCUAGCUGGGGGGAUGUCACAGUCUGUUCACUCAAGACUGGCUCUGACCCCUUCUGGGCACCAGGGACUAAGGUUGCAGGCCUCAGCCUCUUCUCAUCCCAGAGGCACUGGGACAGGAGGAUGGGAAAUCCGUCCUCCCACCCGGAUGUGGUUUGCCCCUCGCGGCUGCCUUUCCGAGGGAGUGUAUUAAAUGUUUACUUGAGAAAUAACCUGUUUACAGCCAGAGGAGAAACGUGCCCAACAGUAGGUGGAGAAUAACUCUGGAAGGCCUAGCCUCCUUUAUGGCACUGCCAGUGGUGGCCCCAGAGUGAAUGAAGGCAGAGAUGCCAGGGGCAGGGGUGCACACCCUGCACUUCCUCUGCUCCCUGACCCUGCGGUGCUAAGACCACUCGCCACCUUCCUCACAGCCUUUGGGCCCCUGGACAUUCCCUGCCUCGCAUUCCCUUCAAGAUUCUCAGCUCCUUAACAUAUCAGUUGUCUCCUAGAGAACCAGUGUUCGGAGCAAUAACAUUAUUUUUGCUUGAGUCUUUUUCUAAGGAAAGGAAAAGAGCUAGCAUUGUGAGACUCUUUUAUGCUGUUGGCUGUUUACCUUCUUAGAAGACAGAUCUUAAUAGGAUGGGUAUCUGGGUUUCAGCCUCACAGUAUCUUUCGGAAACUUGGAGAAUCAGGAGUCAGGCUUCCACCCGCUAAGGAGAGGACCCUAACUCUUCCGUGGCCUUGCUCCAUGCCGCCUGGGCUUCCGGUCCUGCCCACCAAGUGCACCUCCCCAUCCAGGGCACAUGGGGCUCUUGGAUUGUCAUCCCCCAUGACUCCUUUUCCUUUCUUGUCUGGUGGCCCCAGACAGACACAGCUGCUGGAGUCUCCUAGGAACUGGCAGCUUGACAACAGCCAAGCUUGAACUCUUCAGCUCUUCAGGCCGAGGGGCUUGGGGCUGAGGUCCAGAGACACUACCUCGGCCAUCCUCCCACACUAGGCUGAGGCACAGCCUUCAGGACAACACAGGUCCAUCUCUGAUCCUGCCCACCUAGGCUUGGAGGGCAGGGGCUCCUGUUUGGAGAGAGGCCCUCUGAGAGAAACUGGGAGGUGUCCCCUCUUUUAAGGUUGACUAAACAUCCACAGCCAUUGUUUGCCCAGAGCCCCACUAAGAUUGCAAGGGGCAACAGAAGGAAGACACCCACAUCUUUUUCCAUGAGAGACCACAGGACUUGGAAGGGAGUUUAUUUAGGGACAUUUUAAAGACAUCUUUUGUGCCCCAGGGGCUCUUCCCUCAGAGCAGGGGAGUACAUUGUGACGAUUCAACAGUCGUGUGGGGCUGACUUGGGUGUGAGAGGUUUUAACCCAGGCACAAAGUUCGUUUCAAAUACAAGUUCAUCUAUUUUUCUUUAUUUUCUUUUUUUGCACAGAAGCUGGUAAUCUAGGACCUACGUGUGAACAACUUUAUAUGAAUAUUUUUUGUACUUGGUUUACUUGGGUUGGUAUGAUACAUUAUAUUUAAGUUCCUUGAACACUGUGGAUCCCCCUAAUGUGUAUGAAUGACUGAGGCUUUGUAAAUUAAGGGACGUUUGUGUGAAUAAAGUUAUUUGAUGGGGUCAAAGAAGCCAUAUGUGAUUUGAAAA